CAGCGGCGCAGGCAGUGACGUCACGGCUUGUUGUUGCCUGGCGCGGGGAAGAUGGAGGCAGAUUGUGGGGUGUCUGCUCAGCUGUUAAAGGAGUUCCUGUCCAUCACCGGAGCCAGUGAAAGUGUGGCAAAGCAUAUGUUGGAAGCAUGCAAUCACAACUUAGAAAUGGCUGUCACUAUGUUCCUGGAUGGAGGUGGUGUUGUGGAGGAGCCAAGCACAAGCUCUGCAGGGGCUUCAAGUGCCCACCCCCCACCUGCCGAAGAUGAUGUGCGCGCACCAAUUCCACAGAAACAAGACAUCCUUGUGGAGCCUGAAAUAUUUGGCGCCCCUAAAAGGCGAAGACCAGCACGUUCAAUAUUUGAUGGCUUCCGGGAUUUCCAGACUGAGACCAUUCGUCAGGAGCAGGAGUUGCGGAAUGGAGGAGUGGUGGAUAAGAAACUAACUACUUUGGCUGACCUUUUCCGACCGCCUAUAGAUCUUAUGCAUAAAGGCAGUUUUGAGACGGCGAAGGAAUGUGGACAGCUGAAGAACAAAUGGCUGAUGAUUAACAUACAGAAUGUGCAGGAUUUUGCCUGCCAGUGCCUGAAUCGGGAUAUAUGGAGUAAUGACUCUGUAAAGUCUAUAAUACGGGAACAUUUCAUCUUCUGGCAGGUAUAUCAUGAUAGUGAAGAAGGACAGAGGUACAUUCAAUUCUACAAGUUAUCUGAGUUCCCAUAUGUUUCCAUUCUUGACCCUCGCACAGGUCAGAAGAUGGUUGAGUGGCAGAAAGUAGAUGUGAGUUCCUUCUUGGAGCAAAUUACUGGAUUCUUAGGGGAACAUGGCCAGCUUGAUGGUCUCUCCAGCAGUCCACCUAAGAAGCGACCACGUUCUGAGAGCCUCAUAGAUGCCAGUGAAGACAGCCAACUAGAAGCAGCGAUACGUGCAUCCCUACAGGAAACCCAUUUUGACUCUACAUCAACAAAGCAAACUUCUCAGUAUGAGGAGGAGUCGGACCCUGAACUGUAUUCUGGCAGUGAAGAAUUCAUAUCUGUAUGUGGUUCUGACCAUGAGGAUGAAGAUGUGCCGCCUGUGGAAACAUUGCCAGAGCCAGAGACUUGCAGUAGUAAAGCUAAGAAGGCCACAUCUAAAAAUGCCAAUCACAGAAAAGAGGAGCAGUCGGAGCCUGUGGAAGAUGCCACAGUGGAAGCAGUGGAAGCAGACUUUCCAAGCCAGCAAGCACACCUAGACAAAUCUCCCAAAUCUCCGACUGAAUCUUGCUUAGGAGAAGAUGGCAGGAAUCUAGACCAUGCAGAAGAUUGUGCUGAUAAUAAUGGACCCAAAGCAAAGUUAAUGUUACGAUACCCUGAUGGGAAAAGGGAACAGAUUACAUUACCAGAGAAGGCCAAAUUAAUGGCUUUGGUAAAACACGUUCAGCUAAAUGGUUACCCCAACGAGCGAUUUGAGCUCUUAACAAACUUUCCCAGACGGAAGCUAUCGCAUUUGGACUAUGACAUCACAUUGCAGGAAGCAGGCUUGUGUCCUCAAGAGACUGUAUUUGUACAGGAAAGGAACUAAAUGACUCUCAAAUUUCCCUACUUUCAUCAUCAAUUACUUUGUCACUACUAUAUUUUGGUCUCCUAUUUGUGUCUCAUCAUCGGCUUGUAAUACUUGGGAAUGAAAAGCUUCAGAGAUACACAGGACUUAUUGAGGAGAGCACAGAGCUGUACACUGUGAAGACACAGGAUGUGCGUACAUUUAAACUCUCCACACUUGUCACUUCAUAAGUCUGAUCUCUUUGUUACUAUUGGAUAAAUCCGUAGACACCAGGUACUACUUGCCACCCUUUCAGGAAAUGUACAGCUCAAGUUAUAUCUGGAUAGUCAUAUAUAUUUUUUUUGUAUGAAUUUGGAAUUCCAAGGAUAUUUUCCAGAUUAUUUAUUACUCGUUGCUGCAGAAACUGCAGUUGUGCUUUUGUUUUAUUUUAGACUGCUGUCAUUUUGCUUUUUUAUUUUCUUUUUUCAAUUAAGAGCCAUUUUGAUUCUCAGUUUUUCUUGUGUUCUACUAGAUACAUGGAGGGAUAGUUGAUGGCAGAGAACACUGAAAGAGUCAGGACUGACCAUGCAGAAAAUCGGUUUCUUCUAUGUAGAGAUCAAGAAUAAACAUGCACUCGAGUGCAGUAAGACUCCUUAUCACUGCUGAGAGAUUUUCAGGCAUGCUUGGAAAAUGGCUAUAUGAUACUUUCAGUAAAACGGUUCCUGAGAAUUUUU